GUACGCCCACGCCACGGCAAUAUAAGCGCGCCGUUAAUCCGCUCCUCCUCGUCACCCCAAAUCCUCCUGGCAAUCGCAAUCUCGCGGCGCGUGGCAGCGGAAGCGUACGAGGAGAGAGAGAGAGGAGCGGAUCGCAGCGUGGGACGGAGAGGCUUUGCGGUGAGGUGACGGGCGGGCGGGCGGGUGAGAUGCUGGCGGUGUUCGAUCGGGCGGUGGCGCCGAGCCCGGAGGGGCUGCGGCAGCCGGGCGCCGCGGGGGACGGCAGCGCGGCGGGGCUCGCGGAAGGGCUCAGGGAGGCGCGGCCCGAGGCGGUCACCAUCAGCCUCGGCGGCGCGGGCACCUUGAUCUACUCCUCGCGUGAUCAGAGCCCCCUCCUCCCCAGGUUGUUUGCCGCGGUGGAUGACAUAUUUUGCAUAUUCCAAGGCGCAAUUGAGAACGUUGCUGUGCUGAAGCAGCAAUAUGGAUUAAGCAAAGGUGCUAAUGAGGUCAACAUCGUCAUUGAAGCUUACAGGACCUUGAGGGACAGGGGGCCUUAUCCCGCAGAUCAAGUUGUGAGAGACAUAACUGGAAAAUUUGCAUUUGUUCUGUAUGAUUGCUCAACUAAGUCGGUCUUCAUGGCUGCCGAUUCCGAUGGUAGCGUUCCAUUCUUCUGGGGAGUCGAUUCUGAGGGCCGUCUUGUGGUCUCUGAUGACUCUGAAAUCGUCAAGAAGGCUUGUGGAAAAUCCUCUGCACCAUUCCCUAAAGGCUUCUUCUUCACAACAUCCGGAGGGCUGCAGAGCUACGAGCAUCCUUUGAACGAGGUGAAACCAGUUCCAAGGGUGGACAGCAAGGGAGAAGUGUGCGGCGCGACGUACACAGUUGAUGCAAAGGCUAAGAAGGACACCAACAUCCCCAGAGUCGGCAGCGCUGCAGAUUGGUCUUCGCAAUACUGAUCUGUGGACCAUCAGAAGCACAUGGCAUUCUGGCAUGCCACCAAUGAACCUGUUACAUGGUAACUGAAUUCUAGGAUGAUAUGCGUAGUAUAUGUGGCGUUUGCCUCGACCAAUAUUCACAUGGAAGUCGGUCUCGUGUCAGUGUUCUUCUGAAUAAACUGCUAUCUAUCGCUGUUUAUAAAUGAAUAUGAGGUUUUAUCCCUAUAAAGGCGAAACCUUUGAGAUGCGUGCA